AUGGCUCCCAAACUCAUCGCCGUCCUGUGUCUGGGAUUGUGCCUGGGCCAGAAGAUGUGCACACAGGCGGGUGCUCCCGACAAGCUCUCGCUGUCAGCCCGGCCGAGCCCUGUGGUUCCCCUGGGAGGACGUGUGACUCUCUCCUGUGAUUCUCCUCUUCGGUUUGUCACAUUCACAAUAUACAAAACAUCUGGGACCCAGGACCGUGAGUUGCACACUGGUCAUUCCAGCAACUUCACCAUCAGCCCCGUGACCCCAGGACACGCAGGGACCUACAGAUGUUCUGGAUCUUUCAGCCACACCUCACAGUGGUCAGCUCACAGCAAGUCCCUGACGAUCGUGGUCACAGGUGCGUUCAGAAAACCCUCCAUCUCAGCACACCCAAGCGCCCUGGUGGCUGCGGGAGCCAGGGUGACCGUGCGCUGUCACUCGGAGCUGGCAUUUGAUGACUUUAUCUUAUACAAAGAGGGGCACACACAGCAUUCCCAGGAGCUCGACGAGGGGAUGGAGGCUGGGACUCACUACGUCGAGGCUGUCUUCCGCCUGGGUCCCGUGACGCCGGCCCACACGGGAGCCUACAGAUGCUGUGGUUCUUUCAGUCACUCCCGCUAUGAGUGCUCGGCUCCCAGUGACCCCCUGGAGAUUGUGAUCACAGGAAAACACAAAAAGCCUUCUCUCUCCACCCAGGUGGGCCCCAUGAUGGGGCUGGGAGAGAACGUGACGUUAUUCUGCAUCUCUGAAAUCUCAUUUGACCGGUACCAUCUGUGGAGAGAGGGGGCUCCUCAUUGCCAGUGGCUCAGUGGAGGGCAGAGACACGGGGGAGCGUUCCAGGCCAACUUUUCCAUGGGCCUCGCGACGCCAGCCCAUGGCGGGACCUAUAGAUGCUACGGUUCUUUCAAUGCCUCCCCGUAUGAGUGGCGGCCCCCAGUGAGCCCCUGCACCUUUCCGUCACAGGAAUCCCUCAGAGUACUUUCCUGUCACCCAUGGAGCCGACCCCUGAAACUGGUGAGCAAAGAAUUCUUCACCCUCGUUUGUGAAUCGCUGGGGAUUCCCUCUCCUUCUGCACCUGCGAUCUUUAUGGAAGUGGUUGUUUCCAGAGGAGCUUGA